AUGCAUGCACGAGCCUUACCCUUUUCACGUGCUGCCUCCCAUCCUCUCUGCUCCUCUCAUCCUCUCUGCUCCUCUCAUCGCCUCUCCUCCUCUCAUCGUCUCUCCUCUCAUCGCCUCUGCUCCUCUCAUCGUCUGCUCCUCUCAUCGUCUCAUAGGCGUCUGCACUACAACUAUUUCUACAGUGAAAUCCCCUCCUAUAUCGUGGGCCUCCCGAAGAUCAUCGAGUUUGGCGCUGCCGGCAACUACCUCACGGGCUCUGUGCCUGCGCUGGGCCCCUUGCUGAUCAGGUUGGAUCUGCGCACCAACUACCUCACGGACAUGCCAUCGGCGGCCUACCAGUGGUGUGGCACCACCGCCAACUGCCUCGUCGCGCCCAUAAAGUGCACCACCAGCAGCACGGCCCAGCGGCCCGCAUCGGAGUAUGCCAUCUGCGGCAGCACCAACUCGCAGGGCACUUUGUGCGCGUCCACGCCGGGAGGGGUGUGCUCAAUGGAUGCGGGCGCACGUGUGAGUGCCGGCACGGUGAACACGCUGGCGCUGGCGUAUCUCCCCCUGGCGUGCACGGUCGGGCCUCUCUACAUGAACGCCGCUGACGCUGACCUCAUCGGCAAUGAGGUUGCGUUGCUGCUUGCGUUGCUGUGUGCGUUGCUGCGUGCGUUGGUGCUUGCGUUGCUGUGUGCGUUGCUGCGUGCGUUGCUGCGUGCGUUGCUGCGUGGGUUGCUUCGUGCGUUGCUGCGUGCGUUUCUGCGUGCGUUGCUGCGUGCGCUGCUACGUGCGCUGCUGCGCGCGUUGCUGCGCGCGUUGCUGCGCGCGUUGCUGCGCGCGUUGCUGCGUGCGUUGCUGCGUGCGUUGCUGCGUGCGAUGCUGCAUGGCAUUGCUGCUCUCAAGGCAUCCAUGUGCGUGCGGGCUGACCUCAAUGGCAAUGUUGCUGCAUUGCUGCGUGUGUGCAUGCAGGUGGAUGCCGUGGAACCUCCUGGAUGGCAGCCUUGA